CGGCUGCGCAAAGGAACCGCCUCCAAGUUUGUUGUUGUCGCUCGCGUCCCCGUCACUGGUGGCCGGGGCUGGACCGGUCGCGGCGCCACCAUGGCGGUGCGACAGGCGCUGGGCCGCGGCCUGCACCUUGGUCGAGCGCUGCUGCUGCGCUUCACGGCCAAGCCCGGCGCGGCCUACGGCUGGGCUGCUCGGCGCAGAGGCGCGUGGACUCGGGCUCCGGCUCCCCGACCGCUACCACUUCUUCCGCCAGUCGGUGGCCGGGCUGGCGGCCCGACUCCAGCGGCAGUUCGUGGCGCGAGCCCGGGGCGGCGCGGGCCCCUGCGGCCGAGCGGUCUUUCUGGCUUUCGGGCUGGGGCUGGGCCUCAUCGAGGAGAAGCAGGCGGAGAGCAGGCGGGCGGCCUCGGCGUGCCGCGACAUCCAGGCAAUCUUUACCCAGAAAAACAAGCCAGUUCCUGACCCACUGGAUACACGACGCUGGCAGGGCUUCCGGCUGGAGGACUAUCUGAUAGGACAGUCCCUUGGCAAGGGCUGCAGUGCUGCCGUAUAUGAAGCCACCAUACCUGAACUGCCCCAGCACCUAGAGAAGUCAAAGAGCACCAGGCUGCUGCCAGGAAGAGGCCCAGACGUCAUCCCACAAGGAGAGCGGGAGCAGUCUCCAGGAGCGUCUGCCUUCCCUCUCGCCAUCAAGAUGAUGUGGAACAUCUCGGCGGGCUCUUCGAGCGAAGCCAUCUUCAGCAAGAUGAGCCAGGAGCUGGUCCCAGCCAGCCGAGUGGCAUUGGCUGGGGAGUAUGGAGCAGUUGUGCACAAAAAAUCCAAGGGCGCUCCCAAGCAGCUUGCCCCUCACCCGAACAUCAUCCGAGUUUUCCGCGCCUUCACCUCAUCCGUGCCACUGCUGCCGGGCGCCCUCACUGACUACCCAGAUGUGCUGCCCCCUCGUCUGCACCCAGAAGGCCUAGGCCAUGGACGCACGCUGUUCCUCGUCAUGAAGAACUACCCCUGCACCCUGCGCCAGUAUCUUCGCGUGAGCACUCCAAGCCCCCGCCUGGCCACGGUGAUGACCCUGCAGCUGUUGGAAGGCGUGGACCAUCUAGUUCAGCAGGGCAUUGCACACAGAGACCUCAAGUCUGACAACAUCCUUGUGGAGCUGGACUCAGGUGGCUGCCCCUGGCUGGUGAUCUCUGACUUUGGCUGCUGCCUGGCUGAUGAGAGCAUCGGCCUGCAGCUGCCUUUCCCCAGCUGGUACGUGGAUCGGGGCGGCAACGGCAGCCUGAUGGCUCCUGAGGUGGCCACAGCCUGUCCUGGCCCCAGGGCCGUGAUUGACUACAGCAAGGCCGACGCCUGGGCGGUAGGAACGAUCGCCUACGAAAUCUUUGGGCUCACCAAUCCCUUUUAUGGCCAGGGUGGUGCCCACCUGGAAAGCCGCAGUUACCAAGAAGCUCAGCUGCCCGCACUGCCCGAGUCUGUGCCUCUUGAUGUGAGACAGCUCGUGAGGUCACUGCUCCAGCGGGAGGCCAGCAAGAGACCGUCUGCCCGCGUGGCUGCAAAUGUGCUUCAUUUAAGCCUCUGGGGCGAAGACAUUCUAGCCCUGAAGCAUCUGAAAUUAGACAAGAUGACCGGCUGGCUCCUCCAGCAGUCAGCUGCCACACUGCUGGCUGAGAGGCUGACAGACAAGAGCUAUGUGGAAACGAAGCUGAAGACAUUGUUUCUGGCUAACCUGGAGUGCGAGGCACUCUGCCAGGCGGCCCUCCUCCUCUGUUCGUGGCGGGCAGCUCCGUGAUGACUGCCCACCUGGUGCAUUACUAAACAGCUUGGCAAUAUCUGUGUGCUGAUGAUGUGUGAGUGCCAAGGGAGGAGGCCUAGCUGGGAGGGUGCAAGUCAGGAAAGGCUAGUGUGCGGGGCUGGUCAGCCAGAGGAGGGCUCACGUAUGGCAAACAGGAGGAAUUGAGUCAAAGUUAGGUCUGCAGUCGGUGUCUCCAGCUGCAUCCCAUAACCUGUGUGGGCUUAAGCUGUCCUGCACAAAGGAAAAAUCAAGAUGUAAAAUCAAGAUGUGGUCUAAGCAAGGAAGAUCCUGGAGAUCCUGGCAGAUCCUGGAGAGGGCCAGAUAGCACGUUAAGUUGUUAGAACUACUUGACUCUGUCACCGAAGCACAAAAGCAGCCUAACUAUGUAAACAAAUGAGCUUGGGUAAAUUUCAGCAAAGCUUCAUUUAUGGACACUCAAAUUUGAUUUUCAUGUGUUUCCAAAUUAAUUUUUUUCCACCAUGAAGCAUAAAAACCACUUUUACCUUGCACUGGGUGGACAGAUUGGCCACCAGCCAGUUUCCAUCCCCUGGUCUAGACAAGUUCACAAGACCUAACUCUAGAAAAAAUAAUGCUGACUGAUCACUAGGUGAGUGCUAAAGAUAACACGAGAGUUCUUUGCAUACAGAUGCAAAGGAGCACAUUCUCUGCACCAGGGGAGAAGUUACACUGGGUACCAUUGCCGACUCUCAGAAAGCUCCACCUUAAAACCCGGGACCUGUCCUCACAGAGCUCCCAAAGUGAGCGGCCAGCUGAUGUGUUAGAAGACCUGUGCCUGCCUCAAGAGAGUCUCUAGGCCAAGGCAGUGGCUGUGGGUGGUGGAGUUUAUAACAUUUGCCUGUAGCACCGGGAAUGGGCUUUGGCUGGUCUGGAAGAGGUGGCCAUGGGGCCCAGUCAGCAUGUGCCUCCUGGGCUGCGCAAACCUUUGUGCAGGUCAGCAUAUUCAGGCAUCAGCAAGAAAAACUCUCGUCGUGAGGCCUGGGCAGUAGCAAACCUGCACAUUGACGGGUGCAUCCAAGGAAGUGUCCCCAUGUGGCUGCCAAGUUAACCUGGCUCAGUCAGAAUGGUGCAGGGGAACUAACAGUGUGGCAUUUUAAACUUGCUGACUUACCUUUGGACUAACAUUUCUUACAAGAAUUGUGAGACGUUAAGGCAAGUUUGCAAUACAGAAUACAUUAUGUGUUGAACUAAA